AUGAAGAUUAUGAAUCUCUUUAGCAUCACAUGCACAUGUUUUCUCCUUGGAAGUGUUGUUUCUAAUGGAAAUCCUCUCCCGUAUGAAGCUAUCUUUAACUUUGGUGACUCUAUAAGUGACACUGGGAAUGCAGCAACAUUCGGUAAAUUACCUGAUGAUAGUCCUUAUGGAUCAACCUACUUUAAACAUCCAUCUGGGCGCUUGUCGAAUGGCCGAUUGAUCAUAGAUUUCAUAGCUGAGGCAUAUGGGCUGCCAUUUUUGCCGGCCUAUCUAAAUCUCACCAAAGACCAAGACAUCAAGAAAGGUGUAAAUUUUGCUUUUGCGGGUUCAACUGCGCUCCCCGGAGUAUUUAUGGAUAAAUCGUUGAGCGUUCAAUUUGGAUGGUUUAAGAAAUUGAAAUCAUCCCUCUGUAAGAGUAAAGAAGAGUGCAAUAGCUACUUCAAAAAAUCAUUAUUUCUAGUGGGAGAGAUUGGCGGGAAUGAUGUGAUUGCGCUCCUCUCACAUAAAAAUAUCUCAAAACUUCGAGAAAUAGUUCCCUCAAUUGUUGAAACGAUUACAAAUAUCACAACUGAAUUAAUAGAAGAGGGAGCAGUCGAGCUAGCUUUGCCAGGGAACUUCCCCAUUGAGUGUAAUGCUGGCGUUUUGACAAUCGUUAAUAUUACUAACAAAGACGAUUAUGAUCAGUUUGGGUGCUCUAUAGCUUACAAUGCUUUCAUCAAGUACUUUAAUGGACAACUCAAACAAGCGAUAGAGACAUUAAGAAAGAAGUAUCCUCAGGCGAAGAUAAUGUAUUUAGACUACUACAAUGAUGCCAAACGUUUAUUUCAAGCACCUCAACAAUUUGGUCUUACUACUGAUAGGAAUGUGGCUUUGAAAGCAUGUUGUGGAGGAGGAGGACCAUAUAAUGUUAAUUUAAAUGUAAGUUGUGGAUCUCCUAACGCAACAAUUUGCUCUGACGUUUCAAAACGUAUAAAUUGGGAUGGAGCCCACUUUACAGAAGCGGCUAAUAAACAGUUGGCAAAGGGGCUUGUUGAAGGACCUUUUGUAUACCCGCCUCUUAAAUCUCCUCUCGUCAAGAUAUCUUAG